GUAGUGUUGAAAUGCUUCUCAUUAGAAUCGAUUGAAAAUUUGAGCUAUAAACAGUUUUGAACAAUGAUAAUAAUACUACGGAUGGUUUUGUUCAAUCUUAUCGCAAUGAUAAUGCUGGAAUCAGGUGAAUGCAGAAAGUCAAAACCGGUGGAUUUUAAAUUCCUUUCAAUGUCAACAAUAUCCAAUCCGGAACUUUUGAAGUAUUGUAAUGUUGGCAUCACUCCCGGAUCCAAUGGUCGUUCAUUUGAUAUGAACGCUUAUUUAUUGACGAAUAUCACCAAAAACCUUUACAUUGGAUUGAAGUUUUAUACGAGAAGUAAAAAGGAAACUGAAUAUAAGGAAUUCUUUGAUUAUGGUUUCAACAUUUGCAGACUUAUGGAAGGAUUUAUGAGUCAAACUGUGGCCAGACUUUGGUCGGCGAAUUUGAAAAAAUUCAGUAAUCUACCAACUACUUGCCCAAUUCGUCACGGAGAAUAUUAUGUUCGAAAGAUGAGAAUUGAUAAAAAGAGUGUUCCAAUGGUUGCAAUAAGUGGCAUUUACAUGGCUAAGGUACAUCUUUACAUUAAAAAUGGCCCUGUGAGUAGUUUGAUUGCUAAUACAUCUCUGGAGGCGGAGAUUAAUUUUUAA